AAAAAGGAACACCCAUAUUGAAUCAAAAUGGAAAAUUUGUAGAGGGGAGACAAACGAAGUUCAUCAGAGACUUAAAUACAAGUAAUCACGAAACAAAUCGAUUCAUUAUGUUGCAGUUUUUUCCUCAUCAUUUGAUCAUUCUCCGAUUGUCUCCCAUCAGAUUCAUGAAUUGAUGUGAAAAGGAAGAGAAAAAACGAAGGACACCUAUCGCCGACUCGAGAAAUGGGACAGAUCAAACGAGAAUCUAAACGAAGAAAUGACAGGGUCGGCAACUGGUUAUUCAGUUGGUAUAUAUGGAGCAACAGCUAUCCGACGACAGUGAUGAAAACUUAAGAAGCUUCCUUUCCUUCCUUUAUUCAUUCUAUCUCCCUGAUCACAAAUUAUUACCCUGACGAACCUUCUUACCAAAAUCCCGAAGCCCCAGCAAAAAUCUGAAAGGGAGAAAUGAGCAAGAAGAAAGUGUUGGUGGUGGGAGGCACAGGCUACUUGGGGCAACAUGUCUUGCAAGGAUUUGCAGAGAUCCGAGGAACCCCUUAUGAUGUGGCAUUCACUUACAACUCCUUUCCUCCCCAGCCAUUGCUCGAUGCUUUUCCCGACUCUCUUGCUUUUCAGGUCGAUUUGAAGACCGGACUCGGUUUCCAUUCCAUUUCACAACAAUUUGGCCAGCCUGAUGUGGUGGUGAACUGCGCCGCUCUCUCGGUGCCACGCGCUUGCGAGAAAGACCCUGACGCCGCUACAUCUAUCAAUGUGCCUACUUCUCUUGUAAACUGGUUGUCAAGCUUUACCCAAGAUGACAAUACUCUUCUUAUUCAUCUUUCGACGGAUCAGGUGUAUGAAGGGGUGAAAUCGUUUUACAAGGAAGAAGAUGAAGCUGUUCCUGUUAAUGUUUAUGGUAAAUCAAAAGUUGCAGCUGAGCGGUUCAUCUCUGAGAAAUGGGCAAAUUUUGCUAUUUUGAGAAGUAGUAUUAUAUUUGGGCCACAAACUGUCUCACCUGUUCCAAAAUCUCUCCCAAUUCAGUGGAUUGAUGGUGUCCUUUCCAAAGGAGAUAAAGUGGAGUUUUUUUAUGAUGAGUACCGCUGCCCAGUGUAUGUCAAGGAUGUUGUGACUAUCAUCCUGACUUUGAUUGACAAAUGGUUCUCAGAGGGUAAGAAAACGCAGUUGCUACUAAAUGUUGGUGGACCAGACAGGGUAUCCCGUGUUCAAAUGGCUGAGGCUGUUGCACAAAUUAGAGGACAUGAUUCCUCCUUAAUUAAACCAAUAUCUGCAUCAUCUGUUGACCGAGGUGUUAUGUCCCCUGCUGAUAUAUCUAUGGAUAUUACCAAACUGGUUCAGACACUGAAUAUUUCUCCUACUCCAUUUAAAGAUGGUGUGAAAUUGACACUUGCAGUUGAAACAUGCUCGUGAUGUUGGUACGAUCAAUUGAUGUUGUCCAUUUUUGUAUAAUGCAACUUGGGCAUCUAUGUAGGGAUAUAACUUUUGUGUUUAUGCUGGUAUUUGUUAUCGAAGAACAUCCUUACAGCUUGCGAGAGGAACGAGUAUCCCCUAUGAUCAAGAUCCAAGAAGAACAAAUACAGUCGUCUAAACUAUUUGUGCCUCUUUUACUGAAAAUAAGUACAUACUUGUAUCCAAAAUGUCAUUACAUGUAAAAUAAGGUGGCUCUAGCACCUCAUUCAUCCUCUGUCUUUGUCUCUGUUCCAAGGCUAAAGAGCACUUCAUUUGUCCAGAUUCCUUCAAAGUUGCAAUAAGGCCAAAGAGUUGUUAUUUUGUUAUA